CCUUGCCUCACGGCUUCGAGACGACUGCCAUAUACCCACAAAGCACGCUCAUACGAACUUCGCCAUGACUGUCUUGUUUACGAACUUACGCAUAGCCGCGUAUGUGUAUGUCUUCGCCCUCUCUGCAACUGUCCUCGGGGUGGCAAGCAAUUUCGCUAAACUGUUCCUUCCACAUGUUCAGCAUGACUAUACCAUCUUCUCGCUCGUCACUCCCUCUGUGACGAUAUUCGCGCUCCUCUGUAUACUACAAUUUGCACAACCCGUGAUUGAAGUGAUCGCCCAUGCAAUACUCGGGAUCUUAUGGCUGACUAUGGCUGCCUGGACAUCCGACAUUAUCGGUCCCAUACAGUGCUACGAUUUGGGAGGCAUUAGCACACCAACGAAUAGCGGCUCGAUGUCCGCACGCUCGUACUGCUAUCAAAUGAAAGUUAUGCAGGCCUUCUCGUGGGCUAUCUUCAUUUCAUUGCUGGGCUUCAUCGUCAUCGUAGUCUGCCUCACCUCGCGGGCAAUUGCCUUCGGCCGGCGUUUUGCAUGGACCGAACAUAUCUCGCAGCUCGGUUGGUUCGGCGAGCUACCGGGUUACCCGACGGAGGCAGUUUACCCCCGUCCAUACUACUCUCCAUACCCGUACUACCCUUACCAGGGGGCAGCCAGUCCUUACGUCCAGCAAAUGCCCGGUCACUCCGUGGUUAUCCAACCUGGCGCCAACGGUCUCCCGAUGGUCACGCAAAUGCCCGGCCCGGUCCCUUAAAUGUUCAAGAGAUGAGAAUCACAAAAUGUCUUGUCGGCUACAAGCUGCUACAGACCCCGUGGAUUGACCGUUCAGGCCUAUUAUUACUGACAUGACUGUAUGACCAUUAUAACCGCGAUACCCACUCAGCGAGGUAGGAUAUCAUAUGUGUACCCACGAAAAUGCUUGCCUGUAUAUAAGUACAUACUGAUAGUUUCGGAGUAAAUGUUGUGGGGCACCAGUUGUGCCUCGUGGGCGUGGUGCGCCCGCCUCGUGGCAGGUUCGGUCUCACGAACCUAAACUUCGGUUCCCAUCAAACACCCUUUCUGUACCACUUGUUACGCUUUUGACGAUCCUUUCGACGAUACAGACAUGGCACUGUUUAUGGACCAUCCGUUCAGAAAUGUAUUGAAAGGUAACUCAGGUUUCGUUGGGAAUAUUCGUAUGGGCGCUUACCGCACGAAC